AUGAGCACAUCUAGGGCAUCAUUAUAUGAUCUAUAUGGUUAGCUACGGAAUGGAUAUCAUGGCUAAAUGUGUAAUAUGGCGAUAAAAUAUAGAUGGAAAUGCAAUAUGGUGAUAAAUGCAACAAUAAAAUAUAGAUAAAUAUGUAAUGUGAUGUGAUAAAAACAACGAUAACAUCUAGAUAAAUAUGUAAUGUGGUGAUGUUGCUGUUAUUGCUUUCAUUUAAGCUAAUUUUUAGUAGAUGUCUUCCUAGCUUCUCCUGUGGCAACCUUGGAUCUGAGCCAUUUGGCUCCUGUUCCUUUAAAAAAGGUUUAUUUUGGUUAAAACAUAUCAAGUGGCCACGUGAUACAAUGUAACAUUUAGUAGGAUCUGUCACAUCCUUUUAAAUAUCCGUACAUAUGAUACUUUGUCUCUAAAAUAAAUACAUGCAUUUUAUAUAUUUUGGCGCUCCCUAUAUUAUUUACUUUAUCCAAGAAGUUGCCUAUAUUUAGUGGGAUAACACACUAUUUAGUUGUUUUAUAUUGCAAAGGAACCACUCAAUUUUAAGUGUUGGGCAUGGGUAGGGUUACUUGCGCUUUAUUUUUUUAUAAUAAUUCAUGUCUUUGCUAAUCGUAGAGAUUAGUUGUAUUUGUUCUAUAGAAAACUUUCAAACCAUUUAAAUAUAUUGUGGCUUCUCUGUUGAUUUGUUUCACCCUAACAUUUUUCUUGUAUUCCUGCUCACAGAUGGGGAGUCCUUCCACUCGUCUGACACGAUCCUUUUGGAUCAUGCUAACACCGCAAAGCUGCGUAUAAAGGAGGAAAGGUCGGAGUCUCGAGGGAGCUCCUCAUUACCCAAUGAAAAUGACCUAUUGGGUACAGAUGGAGAAGGCUCCUCCCACAGCGCUGGUAAGUAUAUGUUUUGAAGCAAAAACAAAGACUAUGAGAACUCGAACGGACAAAAGCUUAAAGAAACUCAGAAGCUUGCCCUUUGGUAAAUCCAUGCUCCGGUUUCAAAAUAAUUUUUGCUCACUUGUGCAAUUACAGAGAGAACCUAUCUGAAGCACUUUAGACUGGUCCCACCCGUAAGAGCAGUCCAGAACCGAAAUGCCAGCAAGUUUACAUUUUAAACUCUGGUUGGCUGAAAACUAGUUUAAAAUCGAACCAUCAAUACCUAGAUUCUUGCAGAACCCAGUAGCAAUAAGUUGGCUGUAAAAUAAAACAUUAAUUCCCAAAAAUCUCAGUAGUUUUCAUUUUAGUUGCAAUGCCAGGCAUGAGAUUUAAUUUACAUUAGCCUCGGAUUGUCAUUAACUUGAUGUGAGGGAACAAGGAAAUAUUCCUUCCAGAGAAGAAACUGAUCGCUUUCAUCAUUUUUACAGUACUUAAAAACAAGAAAUAAAAGCUUAAUAACUGUUUGACAUUUGGUGAAUAGCUAGUCUGUACAUUUAUAAUAAAACAGCAGUGGUGCAUAUACAUUGCGUUUUGAGUAUACCUUAAGCAAGAUAAAGAAAAUGUGAAUUUGUAUAAUUUUGCAAUCAUUCUGUUACAGACUUAUUGGGAGGAGGACUAGUUUUCCUUAUUGUGUGUCCCUCAUCUUUGUGUUUGUGUUUUUUUUUUGUUUUUUUUUAACAUAAAUAAAAUUUAGUUACCAUGCUUGAGGGCAUUUAUAAGGAGCAUAUAGGUAGGGUAUAAUGGAUUUGGUAGUGGUUAAAGAUGAUCAGGUCUCAUUAAUAUUUUGGUGUAUUCAUGCGAUUUCAAUAAUGUGAGGAAAUGUAUUAGCAAUGCUUACCUCAUUCUGUUGGGUUAAUAGUGGCACUUAAUUGAGGUCAAAGGCAUUGUGUCUAGAUUAGGAACCGCAUGAUCUGUGUAUAUCUAAAUACUUGUAUAUUUUAACAGCUGAGGAACCAGAGCGGAAGAGGAAGAAGGGUCCGGCGCCAAAGAUGCUGGGAAAUGAGGUUUGCAGUGUCUGCGGGGACAAAGCUUCUGGAUUCCACUACAAUGUACUCAGCUGCGAAGGCUGUAAAGGUUUCUUCCGGCGGAGUGUCAUAAAAAAUGCAAAGUACACAUGCAAGAAUAAUGGCAAGUGCCAGAUGGACAUGUACAUGCGUCGCAAGUGCCAGGAGUGCAGACUUCGGAAAUGCAGACAAGCAGGCAUGCGGGAACAGUGUGAGUGAGCAAACAUUCCUGGUACAAUGGUACUUGGGAUAGUUUAUAGGAAAAGGCACUUGAAAGAGAUUGAGAGAAUUCCCGGAGGUGGAUUGAUUCAAACCUUUUUUUCAAGUCAUUUGUUGGUUAUUUAAUCAGAUGUAUAUAGAUGGACUUAUGUUCCAGGUAGAGCCAGAUCAACUUAAAAGGCUUUCUGGGAGAAAGGUUAACAGGUUUAUCCCAUUUUCAGAGCUAUACACAAGAUAUGUUUAGCAUGUGGUGUGUGCAUGUGCCAGAGGCUCUCCUGGUGCUUAAUGCAGGAGUGUGAUAUUGCCUGGUGAACCAGUAGGAAGCCACAAGUACAUGUAUGCAAUGUCAGCCAUUUUCCAUUGAGCCUAUUCAGCCUAUUGAGUGUGCAUCCCAGAUUGCUUAAACCAGAAAAGGUAAGCAUUUUUGAGGGGGCACAAGAAUAAUACUUGUUAUACCAAAAAGGAAGAUUUGGGGAAAUCUCCCAAGAGAGGCCUAGGAAUCAAGUAGAAUAGACUGGAAAAAAAAUAGAAAUGAGAAAACGGUCACUUCCUCCUGAAGACCUUUUCUAACGUCUUACAAUGUUGCUGUACAUGGCAAUUACGUCUCAUAGACAACUACUGCGUCUAGGUCCCCAGCGUUGGAUUACAGGCAACUUUUAUGUCAUUUUUUAACUUUUGCUUUACUUUUUUAUUUUUUUAUUUUAAGAACAAAGAGAAAUCCUGCAUCUCAACAAACAAAAAAACAGCCUAAAUUUUAGUGUUAAAAAUCAAUAUAUUUAUUCAUUUUUAAUGUCUGUGUUCCUGAGGGCUUUUUGUGGCACAGAAACCCCAUGGUGCUUUGCAAGAUACCGCUGCAUUAUGGGAAUUCUAUACCAAUAUCUGAGAGCGACAUUUAGGAUAUUGAUGACCUAGCGUUGUUGCAUGGUUUUAGGAUAUCACCAUUUUUGGGUUUGUACAUUGUAGAGGGAACAUUUGUGGGAUUUUAGCAGUCUCAUCCUUUGGAGUGCCCGAGGUUAUAUUUAACAUGUUCCGCCUUUGUUGUCAGCCAGAAGCAAUAACAAAGGAAGUUUGUGGCUGUGUUGUUCAUUACAUCAAUCCUUUCCUUUACAAAAAACUCAAAAAAUGUAUGACCCAUUAAUUACUAUGUAUAAUAUCUAGUUGCUAAUACUCUGAUCAAGAUUGCUUGUUGCAAACUAGUCAUGGAAUGUAGCAAAAGGCUACAGGAGGAGGACCCUACCUUGCACAUUAAUGGCUGUUUUUUGAGCCUCUCAACAAGCUUACAUUUUGAGCUGCUCCAUAUUUUAUCAAUUCACUUUGUGUUCCGUAAAACAAACCACAUAUCAAUAAUACUUUGUAACAGUUUUCUCAUAAUGAAAGUGGUUUAACAUACAAUGUGCAAAGUAGCCACAAAGUCACAUGACAGAAGCUUGUGGAUUUGAGAAGCCUCUGAUUGGCCCGCAACCCAAGUGUUGUCAGGAGGGGGUCGUGGAAGAGCAGCUCGGGAAGCUUUGCCUGGCGCUGGAUUUCAGGUAAGUAAAAUAUUUUAUUACAGGUUUAACAGCACUUUGAAAGGGGGCAGACUUCUCCACAAUGCACAAUAGGGAAUAUUACACCAGAAAGGCACACUACUACUUAAUUCCAUUCCCAGCCUCCCACACCCCCCUUUGUUUUUCAACAAUUUUCAUUGUGCUGUCAGUGUGAUCCUGACUUAAAUGUGUCCUCUUACAGUAUGUGUGCUGCUUUAUUGUAUAGGUGUGCUUUCGGAAGAACAGAUCCGUAGUAAAAAGAUAAGAAAGCAGCAACAGGACGAUGAUGUUGUGCGCUCCACGGCAGUAUUUGUUCCCCCAAGCCCUUGUAUGCUGUCCCAAGAUAUUGUCCAGCUCACUCCACAGCAAGAAGAGAUGAUCCAGCAACUGGUAUCAGCACAGCAGCAAUGCAACAAGAGAUCGUUCAGUGAUCAGCCCAAAGUAACGGUACAAAGUAACGGAAAUUAUAUGUCUACACCAAGUGUGCCGAUAUGUUUGCACUAUUCCAUAACCUCACAUUCUCAUCUAUUUGUGAGUUUGUUGGACAUAGACUUAGUUAAAGGGACACUAUAGGCACCCAGACCAAUUAAUCUCAUUAAAGUGGUCUGGAGCAAUGUCCCUUAAUGAUUAACACUACAGUGUUAAUCAUUGCACUACUGAUUGCCUCUUAUGGUGGUCGCAGUGCAUGCGCGUUAGUUCCCCAGCCCAGUAAGAGGAUGCGGAGAUCGGCACUGCAAUCAGGUAAGUACAGUAAGUUUUUUUUUUUAUUUUAUUUUUUUAUUUUUUAUUUAUUUAUUUAUUUUUUGUUUAUUUAUUUAUUUAUUUUUUUAAUUAAACCCUUAUGGGGGGGGGAGGGGAAGGAUCUGUAGUGCUAAGAAUACGACUUUGUAUUCCUAGCACUGUCGUAUCCCUUUAAUAUUCUAUUUGUUUUGGAGUAAAUUAGAUUUAUUUUUUUUGUUUGUUUGUUUUAAGGUGGACUGAGAAAUUGUAUAUGUGAAAAUAUACUCCAAGAGACAUAACCACUACAGCAUGCUGUGGUGCUGCUAGUCUCUUGAGGUACAGUCCGAGCAUACAAUGUAAAUGUAUUAACUGUCAUGGUGCUCAUGGGUGAUAUCACAGCAAGUCCUUCUUCACCUCUUGUCUAUAUUUUUUCUAUUUUUUGUCAAAAAUUUUAUUCAGGGAAAUCUCCCAAGAGAGCCCUAGGAAUCAAGUAGAAUAGACUGAAAAAAAAGAAAUGAGAACCCGGUCACUUCCUCCUGAAGACCUUUUCUAACGUCUCACAAUGUUGCUGUACAUGGAAUUAAUAUGUCGGCACUAUAUAAUUGAUGAUGAUAAUAUUAAAUUGGCUUGCUUGCAGAAGGCACUAUGAAAAGAAUGACCGGGACUGAACAGGAUUGUGCCAAGAGCAUCAUGGGGGAUUUGAGCAAUUCAGGAACACUUUUUUUUAUUUUUUUUUAUAAAGUGUUUGUUCCUCUUAAAGGUUGACAGAGGCACGCUACCAGGUUUCUAAGUGUUUCUGCUCAGUCCACUUUAUUUUGCUCUUGAUUACAGCUUUCCAAAAAGAUCUCAAAUAAUUUUAUUUAUUUUCACUAUCAGCCUUGGCCCCUGGGCAGUGAUCCAAACAGCCGAGAAGCUCGCCAACAACGCUUUGCUCAUUUUACGGAGCUCGCCAUCAUUUCAGUACAGGAGAUUGUGGAUUUUGCCAAACAAGUUCCAGGUUUCCUUGAACUGUCAAGGGAGGAUCAGAUAGCACUACUGAAGGCUUCCACUAUAGAGGUAAAGAUUAUAUAUGCAUGUAUUAGAAUUUCACAUAAUGCAUUACGGUGCAGAGGAGGCAUAUUGCCAUCUAGUGGACAAUAAUUAAGAAAGCAUGAAACCUCUCUGCAGAAUAUGUUCAUCUAAGAGUAUUUAUAUAGGCUCAUAUUAUUUUUACCUGCUUUGUCUUAUACUAUAACAUUUCCCAGCAUGCACUUAACCAUCUCCUUCUGAACAGUCAAUUAAUUUUAAGUUAUUACAACCUUCCUUCUCUGGUUAUUUGGUCAGUUACAUCAGGGAAUGUCAAAAUGCAAGCAGCGUCAAGAAUGAUGCGUUAUAACAGCAAAGUUUAUUUGGAUUAUUUCCAUCUGUUAUUUUUUAGUUAAAAGGGCAAUUAAGACCCCUUCCCCCCUGCUUGCUGAAGUUCUUUCAUGUCACAAAAAGUAUUUAUUUCAGUAGAAAUUGGCACUUUUAUAAAUUAACCUCGUGACACUCUUCCUAGCUGUCAAUUGGACCACUCGCCCUGUUAAUUCCUGGUUUGUUUUGCUCAGUGGAGGUAAACUCAAGAGACCGGAAACUGCGUUGGGAAGUCUGUGGUGGGACAGCCAGUCUGGUCUGAGGAAGAAUGGGAGGUCUUGCAAGAGUCCUGCAGCUUUUGCAAGCUUUUUUUUUUUUGAUGUACAUUCAGUGAAAAAAUGCAUAAUGCAUGUGUGUUUUUAUUAGGGUAUGUCUAGUAAAACGUGAUUUUUAUUUCAUGGGGCGGUGAAGUGUUCCUUUAACCCCUUAAGGACCAAAUUUCUGGAAUAAAAGGGAAUCAUGACAUGUCACACAUGUCAUGUGUCCUUAAGGGGUUAAAGUUCACGUUCAAGACAAAAUGCUUUUCCUAAUUUACCAAUAUUUUUGUACAUUUGGAGUUUUCAGCUUAAAUCUCUAUGCCAGUGGCAAUGGUGCACCAACCACUUCUAGCCAGUAACAAGGAAUCUUGAUUCCCAUGGUAAUUGCAAAUGCAGUGCAUCAAGUUGUGCUAAUGCACCCUGCUCAUAGCUCCAUUUAUUGGGUUACUCCGUAGACAGAGUGUGCAUUUAUGGGAACUCAUAGUUACUGUAACUCAAAUUUUGGGCCUAAAAGACCAAAUCCUAAAAGAUCUGCGAGUCGGCUGUGUUUUCAGUCUGGCUAUUGUGUUGCUGACAAUGCUCACUUUAGUGAAUAAACCAUGUUGUACUUAUUAAGUUUUGUGCUGGAACUCCCUCAGUAAGGGACGGUUCACCUCUGUGUUAAACAGGGUUCUAGUUAUUGUUGAUGGCUAGAUCCAUCCGUAAUACAUGAAUACUUACGCUCUUAGCAUGGAAAGAGGGGGAAAAAAAAGAAGCUGUAGCCGCCAUACAGUAAAAAAAAAUCAUAAAAUGUCUGCACUUAGAGACAACCAAUGAUGACAAUAUCACCAACGCUACGCAUUGUCCUCUCUUCACAAUGUGCUCAUGGAAUUUAAAGUAGAUAUGUAGAGUAAAAGAUAAAAGCAUUGGCAAAUCAUUUUGUUUUGGGAGCACUCUCUUUGGAGAGACCACAUUGAUUUUUUUUUCAUUGUGGCCUCAGCGAAGAACAAGCCCUGUGAUUGGUUCUUGAGGGAUUGGUUCUCAAGCACGCAGCUUCCUCACUAUACAGUACAGGAACCGCACAGAGUUCCCACCACACGUUCUAGAACAGGGCACUGCUGGGAGCCAGCAGCCACCACGUGAGAAGACACGUCUGCUAGAAGUCACUUGAAUGGUGAGUUUACAGCUUUGGAGGUUGAUAAAUCCUUCUUGUCUCCCUGCUCAGAGCUGUGGAGCAGUUAAUGUGUGUUCACAAUGCUUCUCUAACAAGGAAGUCUGUGCUGGACAUAAUGUAGAAGAAUCUGCAGAAAGGAAAGUAAACUCAGGGCUUUGAGCGAGUUUCAGGGGUGCUUUUCUCAGCUCUGAGUGUACGCUAGCCUUCCUGACACGCUCCUUUUUAUUCAUUGAUGAUCUGUCCAUUUUCUGGAUUUAUCUGCCGCUCUUUCCUGCCAGACAUGCCCACUGGUGGCCUCACUAUUUCUGUCUAAUAUCCGUAUCUCCGUGUUGAGAGGUAUACUUUUCAUGAGACACAGGAUGUCAGUAGAAUGUUAUUUUGUGUCCUUGACAGAUAAUGCUACUUGAGACAGCCAGGCGCUACAAUCAUGAAACUGAAUGUAUAACGUUCCUCAAAGACUUCACUUACAGCAAGGAUGAUUUCCACCGAGCGGGUGAGACAUGCAAUGUAAUGGGCAUAUUGCGAGGAGCUAAAUUAUUUUGUGUUUCAUUGUUUUUACUAAUGGUUUUACAUUUUAACAAAAAUAAAUAGUUCCAUCUUUGCUUAGUUAUUAAGCUAACUAAAAUGUUUUACUUUUCUGAUCCCUCAUGGGUUCAUGGGAACGUUCAUCUUACUAUGUGGCAGGUGACCGUUCCUCUUUUAGGAGUAAACUGUGGUGAAUUUUUACUCAAGUUGCAGAAUGUAGGUCAAAAUUGCUGAGCUAGGAAAAAACAUCCCGUCAGCCAUAGUUUGGCUAUUGUAGCCUGUAUUUUGCAAUUCUGUUUUCAGUUAACUACUGUUCACUGUUUACGGAAUAAACUUUUUCGAAUGCUGGAAAUGGGAGAAUAGCUUUUCAAUUUUACACUUUCCUGGCACUAGAAAACUUUUUUUCUUUAGUUUCCAGUCUUAAAAAAAGAAGAAACUACACUGUAUGCAUGUCCUAUUGGUUUUACUAAAUUCUAUUAUCUAUAAAUAUUAUAAUUUUUUUUUUUUUUUUUUUUUUAAGCUAAACUAUUAACAUAGAUCUAAAAGUGCAGUAGAUUCAAUGUGUUCUUUUGUAAUUCAUACAUCAUGCUAUUGGAAUCUGAAGCACACAAGCGUUAGAAUGGAACCUUUUGGGGGUCUCUUACCAAUCCACUGGCUGGCGCCUCUUCCCCAGACCUUACUACAUAAACAUACAUACAUAGACAGAAACACAUACAAAAGCACACAGAGAACACCGACAAAGUGGCAGAUCUACAAACCACAGAUGCACUGUGCCAAACACGCAUACAUAGAUACCACCUGACGCAAGCACAUUCUCUAGAACACACAGUUCAAACGCACAGUCAUCCACAAAAUAUAGAAUUCUAAGGUUUUAUAUAUCAAGACAUAACCAUCGUCUAUUCCAUAGCAGGUCCUAAAAUUAGGUAAAUACAACCUCAAAUGAACACCACAUGACAUUACACCGUGUCAUUUAUUUAACAAAAAAUAAAGCCAAAAUGGAGACGCCAUGUGUAAAAACCACACCGUUACUACUUCCAUAAGAAUUAAGAGGCUAAGUAGCAGAUUCUGCUAAUUGAAUGCCCUUGAUUAAUUGAUCAUCAGAAACUGUGACCACCUCUAAAAAAGCCAAUGUUUUAGCAGUUUGCUGGCCUGGAGCAUUCAGUUGUGUGUUAACACAAUGCCAAGGAGGAAAGAUAUCACUAAUGGUCUUAGAAGCAAUUAUUGCUGCGCAUCAAGCUGGGAAGGGUUAUAAGGCCAUUUCCAAACAAAUUAAAGACCAUCAUUCUACAGUGAGAAAGAAUUCAAAAGUGGAAAAUCUUGAAGACAGUUGCCAAUCUUUCCAGGAGUGGACAUACCAGCAAAUUCACCCUAAGGUCAGACCGUGCAAUGCUCAGAGACAUUGCAAAAAAAAACCUAAGAGUUACAUCUCAGACUCUACAGUUACCAUGUUAAAUGUUAAAGGCCAUUACAGUACAAUUGGGGGAAAAAAACUGAACAAGCAUAGUUUAUUUGGAAGGACAUCCAGGAGAAAGCAUCUUUUCUCUAAAAAGAACAUGGCAGCACGGUUUGCAAAGUUGCACCUGAGCAAACCACAAGACUUCUGGAACAAUGUCCUGUGGACAGAUGAGACCAAAGUGGAGAUAUUUUGCCAUAAAGCACAGUGUCACAUUUGGUGAAAACCAAACGUGCACAUCAUUACAAACACCGCAUGCCAACUUCAAGCACAGUGAUGGAGAGGGUGAUGAUUUGGGCUUGUUUUGCAGCCACAGAAUGUAGCAACCUUCCAGUCAUUGAGUCAACCAUGAACUCUACACCAAGGUAUACUAGAGUGAGGCCAUCUGCCCGACAGCUAAAGCUUGACUUAAAUAGGGUCGUGCAACAGGACAAUAAUCACAAGCACACCAGCAAAUCUACAACAUAAUGGCUGAAAAACAAAAGAAUCAAGGUGUUGCAAUGUACCAGCCAAAGUCUAGACUUCAACCUGCUUGAAAUACUGUGUUGGAAUCUUAAGAGAGCUGUGCAUAAACAAAUGCCAGCAAACCUCAAUGAUCAGAAGCAACGUUGUAAAGAAGAUUGGGCCAAAAUUCCUUAAAAACAAUGUAAGAGACUGACUAAGGUCAUACAGAAAAUGAUUACUUCAAAUUAAUAGGCUACAGAUGGUUCUACCAGCUAUUGAAUCGACCCCUGGCCCGCAUCCUUAGCUGACAUCAUCAGAAUUGAUGAUCUCAGCCAAUCAAAAUUAUUUCCUAUAGGAAAGCUGAGAUUAUCAGUUCUAAGGGGGCAAGCUGGGGACGGAGCCAAACACCACCCAAGCUAAUCAGUAUCUCCUCAUAGAGAUACAUUGAAUCAAUAAUAAGCAUACUGCACGAAUAUGGGGCCAAAAAGAAAUGUAUUUUGCCAAUGCGCAGAGUGUGCUUGGCGUGUCUUUUUUUUUUGGAACACUAAAGCGUGUACAUGUACAUAACGUCUACUCGUAGAGCUAUAGUUUUACAUAUAUGUGCUAGUGUCCCCUCGUCGUGUGAUGACUUGAAAGGUGAGUUUCACUUACUUUUCACUCCUUACUGUGCUGGUCUUCAUGGGUAAGCUCCGCCUCUUUGUCUGAGAUGAUCGAGAUUGAUGAUCUUAGUCAAUCCAAUGCCUGCCCAUAGGAAAGCAUUUGGAGACUAGUGUGCAUGCCAUUCUGCAGCAUUUAGAUGGUCUCAUAGUUUUACACGUCUACUUUAUCAGAAGCUCCUCUAGUGGCUGUUAGAGUGACAGCCACUACAGGCAUUUAAGCCCUGCACUGUAAACAUUGCCUAUGCUACACAACAACAUUUUCACUUGCAGGGUUAAAACUAGAGGGACGUGGAACCCAGACCAAUACAAAUCAUUGAGAUGAAGUGGUCUGUGUGCCUAUAGAAUCCCUUUACAUAUAUAAAGUUUUUGUAAACUCAUAAUGUGUCUAAGUGAAAUAUGGCUAUAUAAUGAAACUCUCUCUGCAGCCAAGUGCCAGGUUAAACUGUGCACCAUUCCAAGAUACUGUUAAAUUUUAAUGCAACAUCACAUUUUACUUAUUUUAUUGGGCAGACUAGAUGGGCCGAAUGGUUCUUAUCUGCCGUCACAUUCUAUGUUUACUUAAGUGUGAAUGGGAAAAAUACAUAAUGUUGCCCAGCAAUGGCUUUCCUUGUCCUUUAAAUAAAUCUGAUCUUUUCUGUUCCAGGUUUGCAGGUAGAGUUCAUAAACCCCAUUUUUGAGUUUUCACGCGGAAUGAGGCAGAUGCAGUUAGACGAUGCAGAAUACGCCCUUCUCAUAGCAAUCAACAUCUUCUCCGCAGACAGACCGAAUGUCCAGAACCACCAACUUGUGGAAAACCUUCAGCUCCCAUAUGUAGAAGCACUGCAUUCCUACACCCGCAUCAAGAGACCUCAGGUAAAAAGUCAUAGGUUCUGAUAAUGCACUUAGUUAGUGUUUCUGCCUGUUUUCACUUUUUGUUGUACUUUAUCAUUUUGGUGACCAUUUAUGUUUUGCAUUAUGUGGUGUAAUUUGCAUUUUAGAGAUUCUAGAGUUUGCAUUGGUGGCCCUUGGCAUUUAAGUUGUAAAACUGCAGAAGUCUUUAAAUUGUGGACAACUGAUCCACUUUGGGUUAUAGAUAAACCAGUUGACACACACUGCUGUUAAUCAAGAGCAAGACUAUGUGAUUAAGUGAAGAAACUACACAUUUUGGGUUAAUUGCCUGUUCCCCACUGUAAUCUAUCUAUCCAAGUUAACUCUGUUGGAACGGUUCUGCAUGGUUAGCAAAGAUUAAGGAAUGUAGUGAACACUGAAAGUGUGUGUAUAUAUGUAUGCAUGUGUUAAAUAUAAAUAAUAUCUUAAAAUUACCAGUUCUUCACCACCAGCCAGGCUUUAUUAGUUACUUGCCACUGCACACCUAGAGGAUCUUUGUCACAGUCACCUGUGACAGUCCCUCUCUCUUUCCUCCUCCUCUCUUAUCCCCUCUCUCCCCUUCUGUCCCCCUCUCCAAAGCAAACUAUGGCACAAUAGCAAGUCUGUGUAUCAAAUGUACAGAGGCAUCCCUUAGUUUCUUUAGUAUGUUGGCCUGGUGUUCAUCCAUGCAGAUUUGGUAUAAGUUUGAAGUCUGCAAAUUAUUGUGGUAACCAAGCUACAUGGACUACAAUAAAAUAAUUUUUUUUUUUUUUUUACUUCCACAGGAUCAUUUAAUGUUCCCUCGCAUGUUAAUGAAACUUGUGAGCCUGCGGACACUAAGCAGUGUGCACUCUGAGCAAGUCUUUGCUCUCCGCCUUCAGGACAAAAAGCUGCCUCCGUUGCUAUCUGAAAUAUGGGAUGUUCAUGAGUAAACCUUGUAUGCAGCAUUGACCUGAGACAAACCAUUGCAUCUCACUUACUAAACCUCUCUACCAAGCUCUAAGAGUUGGAUAAAGGACUCCGUCGGCCAUUCAUGGGCUGAAGACCUUGCUGGCCGAGUCUAAUUAAGAGGAGCAGACGAUUUUGAGGAUAUUGUCAAAUAUUGUUCUCUCGACCACAAAAUUACAGCUUGGGGGAAAACAAUCCACAGCUUUACAUUUUUACAUAGCUGGCCUGUGUCACACAAAGGGUAUUGGUCCAGUUAUUCUGUAAAUGCAGGUUUUUAACCACUUGCCACUUUUUUUGCUCAGGAGCAUAAACUAUUAAUUCCUCUUACUGGAGAAGAGUUAUGUCGUAGGAUAAGAAACCAAUACGGUUUUACCCCUAAGCAUCACUUUAUACAUUAGGGUCCCGUGAACUGCACUAGAAGACCAUUGUUGGUCAUUAAAUGGACUUGGCCUCUAUUGAUGUAGUGGUUGUAAAUCUUCAAAAGAUCCUUCAUCUUUGAUCCUGAGACAGGGUGAGAUCAUACACACUGGACGUGUCCUUGUCCCUGCUGGUGUAGAGAGAGGUUUUCGGUAGUUUGUAGGAGAGCGUAGUACAGGCCCCAGUUGAGUGUUGUGUGUGAGAACACAGACCUUCUGAAAUAAUGCCAAGCGUUCGAUCGCUGGUCAUCUUUCUGCUACUCUUCCCCCAACAGGAUUAAGAUUAUUUUCUCUGUGUCAAGAGUGGCAUUUGAGUUCCUUCUGCUUCCCUACUUGUUAUCCUGAUCUAUUGAUUUUAGUCUCCUUUAACAAAUCUCGCACUUAAUUGGUUCUCCCUCACAUUGCUCUCUUUUAUUAAUAUGCACUUAGAAAAAUGUUGUUUGCAAAGUUGAAAUUGGGGAAGAUCCUUUGUUUGGCACUUGCAUCGAACUGUAGGUGUUAUAGGGAUGUCAUGAAAGCCCGUAACAAUGAUCAGUAAUUUAGGUUGAAAAGGACAAAGCACUCUAUAAUGAUGUAUUUGUGGAAUUCCUGCUUUAACAUUACCCAGGUGGCCUGUCUUUCCUGCCACUGCUUCAUUUUAACACAAUACUGACAAUCAGUAGCUACUCAGACUAGCUUUAGGGCUGACCCGUUGCCUACAUGUCUAGGGCUGUGCAUUUCCUGGGGAUGCUUUAGGACUAUGAUGGCUAGCCUUUGGUACUCCAGCUGUUGUGGACAAUAUCUGCUGUCUUGUGAACCUGUUCAUAGCUUGUAUACUCUAGUCUUGACAUGGUCACUCAACAUUUCAGACUUUUUAGAUGAACCAAGCACUACUGAGUGUUGUAGAAGAACCCUCCGUAAGUCAGGUUGUAAAUGGGCUAAGGAGAAGAGGUGGUUAAGAGGGCACACUAAGCACUUUGUAUUUUCUUGAUGGGGAAGAAGGCGCUAUGUAAGAAAUUAUUACAUAGAGAAAUUGCAGGAUUUAAUAAAGUACAUUAAGGCAACAUUUUCUGUAGCAAAGGUGUACCUAUAUCAAAAGGAUACGCCCCUUAACUUCCAUCUCUACAAUAUGAAAAACAGCAAAAUUUACUCUGAGCACAAAAAAAAGGUACAGCAUAAUGUAGUUGUUUUGUUGCAUAGACUCUGUCCCUACAGUCUGACAAAUGUAAACAUAGAAAUUUACUAGAAACGACAAUGUAGGUGUUGUAGGGAAAUCAUCAGUCAGUAUGCAUCUAGCAGCUGUCAGCCAAUGGAGGCACUUACUAGCAAAGACUUUUAAUAAAUGAAAGUUUUUGCAUUCAGUGUCAUCACACCUAGCAUGAUGACACCGAACUCUAAAUGAAUCUUCUUAUAGAGAAGGCAUUGGGAUAAUGAUUGGUGCAGUGCGGCAAUUGCUGUGCAUGUGCAGUACGAGCCCAAAGCUUCUGAGUAUCAUUGGAUUGGCAGAGGUCAUCAUCUCUGAGGCCAAAACACUGCUGAAUUACAGAUAAGUUUAACUCUAUAUAUUUUUUUAUUUUUUUUAAAUACCAAAUGUGGCAAUAAUAUAAAUGUUAAAACUCACAUGCUAACAUUAUGGAUAAAUAUGUUCAUUUGGAAUGUUGGAGUAUUCCUUAUGGCAGGAGAUACAGUUUCUACAGAGAGUUAUAUUUUAAUGUGCCUACAUUUUAUUUAGUGAAGAUAUGCCACUUACUUUCCUUCUGGAAGUAAAUUCCAUGGAUCAGCUAUUGUUUGUUUUUCUUUUAUACAAAGAAUCUCUAGCCAUUAGCCAUAAAUUGCCCUCCUGUUUGAAUUGAGCCUUUUUGUUCAUGGUUACACACUUUAUACAGAAAAUGUUCUUGUUACUUGUUAAUAUCCAUUCAGAUAUUUUUCUAUAGAGUUCAUUCUUUUAUGUGUUUCAUAGUUUGUGUUUUUUGUGUGUGAAACGGCCCAAAAAUAAAAUGCCAGUUCCUUUAAUAUGGCAUUUUCAGUCAAAAUGAGACUAUUUGCCUUGCAUGUUACAUCAAAAAUGUGUGUCUAAGGGAAACCCAAUAUUCAACAGUUGGUGUCCCCAAGGCCAGUCAUCUUAAGUCUAGAAGUUCUUGCACAGCACCCUUCUAUGAUAGGGGGUUGCCCUUAUUUGGUUUUCAGCUGUAAUGAUCUUCCUACUUAUUCUGUACUUUGCCGUUUGUUUUCAAUAAGCCUCAGCUAGGGUUAGAUCAGUGGUAGCCAACAGGUUAGGCUGGCAAUGCAUUAUGAGAGUAAGAGAUAAAGGACAGCUGUCAUUAAAAGUAGAAUUUCUUUUUUUAUAUAUAUAUUUAUCUAUCUUGAUAUAGAGAAUAUAUAAUUUUUUUUAUUUUUUUUUAAAACCCAUUACUUUAUCUGACGGAGCAGCCAUGUUGGGUCAAACUGCUGGGAUUGCUCUGUUAUGUUGAGCAGAGCAGCAGUUGAACAGAUUAUAAUUGAAUCCUACCCAACAUGGCGGCUUAGUUUACUUUCCUUUUUUUUUACGUAAACAUAAUUUAAACAAAUCAUUCAUUUUAAUUAAAUGUAACUUAAAACAAACAAAAAUAAAAAAUGGUGACAGCGGUCCUUUAAGGAUUCACCAGCCUGCUGGCUAGCCAUGUGUCUAAACCUGAAACACUUGGAGGCUGAGCUACAGCACGAACGCUUGUAGCAUUGUCCACAGCAAAGUUUAAAAAAAUAAAAGGGGAAAAAUAACAGAUUGUUAAUAUAAUUCCAGUAAAGGCCAACUCCACAGGUAAAUAAAAUUAUGUUGAUCCCACCUUCUGUUGUUAUGAGUCUUUAAACAGAACAAUGCAUCUUCAAUAUGUCUUAUGUCAUAAGUCUUAUGAGGUGAAAGAGAAUUGGUAGAUUCCAUGUAUUUGCGUGGUUCUCUCAUUUUAACCACUAAGCGCG